AUGAGCGCUGCACAGCUGCUUCGAGCCGGCUCAGCAGGGCUCCGGUCUGUUCGAAGUACGUCUCUCUCCAGCAGCUCCGCCCAACACUUCCGCUUACUACACACAACGUCACCUCUGUUGCGCCGAAAAGCCUCAUUGAGCGUCUCGAGAUUGUCUGCUUGCAGCGUAGCCUCAAGAAAUGGUGGCAGUAGCAUGAAUGCUUCAAGCACAUCCGACCCAGUAGCCAAUACAAGCGCACCAGAAUUUCCGUUACGCACAACCGCCUCCUCCAGCGCCGGCAUCCCAAGGCAUCAUCAAGCAAAAGUCGAAGUGCUUCCCUUCAGGAUACCGACCAAAGCCGCCCAAGAUUACCUCACAACUCUCGCAACCACGGAAAUCAUGCCACGUCUGAUGAGCAAGUGGGACAUCUUCAAACACCAAGUUCUCUCGCUUAUUGGCCUUCGCAGCACGUCCAACGAUGAUCGAAAGAUUGUCCAACUUGAACAUAUGACCGCACUCUACCUGCCCACAUGGAUCGUUGAUGCUUCAUUCGAGAUCAAAUGUCGCGGGAACGAUGGUCGAGCCGAAGCAAACUUCAUCGUUACAUCUUCCAGGUUCCCCGGUCAUUCAUGGAAGCCGAUGGACUCGUUACCGAUGCUUCCUCCUCCACCGCACGAUAUGAUCCCCGUACAAGGCUUGCAAAAAAACCCGAACUAUGCUGCUGAUAAACCUAAAGCAGAUUGGGACAACCUGGCUAUGGUCGACUACGAAUCGUACGAGUCGCAUCUGAAACACAAGAAGGAAUCUAAAGUGAAGAUCGAAGGUGGCAUUCCAGACCCUAUCCCAUUCACCAUUUCACCGCUCUUUCUACCGGAUAUGCUGCGCAGGGUGUUGAAGUUGGAGGACCUCACCUUUGCACCGGAUUUUGAAUCAGCGAUCAACUUGCCUGGUGGAGACAAACAUGGCUUGGGAUUGAAGAUUGCACUGGUGGACCAAGACGGAGAGCAGCUUAGAUCUCCACCUGUUUGCUUCGAGCCCAAUACGCUCAAGUUGGAUAUGAUGGCUGCUUAUCCGAUCCUCAUGCCGUUGCACAUGGCUGAGUUCAGCUAUGUCGAAGAAGAAGGCGAGAAGCAUUACAUCACUAUGGUCUUGGGAGCGUGGGAUACGAAUGGACUGCAAUUCUGUAUGAAGGAGAAGGGCGAAGACUGGCAGUGGAGUUUAGGUGAAGCUUCACCGCUCAAGGUUGAUUUUUUGGACUUGUUUCCACGUGCGCCCAUCAAGACUUCGAUCAACAAGCACUUUGAGCAGGAGCGCGAGAAAGAAAGGGCGAUGGAGCGGAAGAGGCUCGCUAAAGAAGCCGCAAAAGAAGGUAAGCCGAAGAAAGGACGUAAAACCCAAGCAGAAUUGUCGGAAGAAUGGGCAAAACGAAAUGAAGAGCAUCAAAAAGCUUUCCGAGCCGACCUCAAUUCUCGAAUGCUGGAGAAGACGAGCAUUGAAAAGCCUAUCAAAGCUGCUGUUGAGGGAAGGAGUCUGGAUAUGCUCAAGAAGGCGGAUUGGAUUGAUUGGGAAAGAGAUGAACGUGAAGCAUACCAGCUUCGUAUCUCUCCUGAAAAGCCUCGCACUUCCGACAUGAGCAAAAGCCAAAAGGAACGCUUCGAAAGAUCGAAAGCCUCUGUUCACACUUCACCGGUCGAACCGCAUCCUUCUAGUUGGUUGCGAGCUAAGCAAGAUCGCAAACUCGAGAGGGAGCAUCCAGAUCGAAAGAAUGGGCUAGGGAGGUAUAUCAACUGGAGCUCACCUUUCGUCCAAAGACUCUCGCACAAUGUGUAUGCGAAUAGAAGAUAUCUGACGGAAGCAAUACCAGAAGUUCUCUUGAGUAGGAAGAGAAUGGUGUGUAUAGAGGAAGGUGGUCAUGAUGUAGACAAGUCGUUGAUCAAGGCGAAGUUGAAAGAUGGCACCAAGUUGAGUGGGGAAGAUGCCUACAAGACCAUUGUAGGUAUGGAUCUCCAUGUUAGACAGCAGAGGGAGACAUUGAAGCCGAGGUGGUUGAAGAACCUGGAGGAGGCUGCCAAGAGGACGUAG